AUGUUUAUUGGAGGCCUCAGCUGGGACACCAGCAAGAAAGAUUUGACAGAGUAUCUCUCUCGGUUUGGUGAGGUUGUGGAUUGUACGAUUAAAACAGACCCAGUCACUGGGAGGUCAAGGGGGUUUGGGUUCGUGCUCUUCAAGGACGCUGCCAGUGUGGAGAAGGUGUUGGAACUCAAGGAACACAAACUGGAUGGGAAACUAAUAGAUCCUAAAAGGGCAAAAGCUCUAAAAGGGAAGGAGCCACCAAAAAAAGUGUUUGUUGGUGGGUUGAGUCCAGAUACAUCUGAAGAACAGAUUAAGGAGUACUUUGGCGCUUUUGGCGAGAUUGAAAACAUUGAGCUUCCCAUGGACACAAAGACAAAUGAAAGGAGGGGCUUCUGUUUUAUCACGUACACAGAUGAAGAGCCAGUAAAGAAGUUACUAGAAAGCAGAUACCAUCAAAUUGGUUCAGGCAAGUGUGAGAUCAAAGUAGCACAGCCCAAAGAGGUAUACAGGCAGCAGCAGCAGCAGCAGAAAGGAGGAAAAAGCAAUGCAGCUGGUGGACGAGGAGGUGGAAGGGGGCGUGGACGGGGUCAGGGACAAAACUGGAAUCAAGGAUUUAAUAACUACUAUGAUCAAGGAUAUGGAAACUAUAAUAGCGCUUAUAGUGAUCAAAGCUACAGUGGCUAUGGAGGAUAUGACUACUCUGGGUACAACUAUCCCAAUUACGGAUAUGGGCCGGGAUACACGGAUUACAGUGGUCAACAAAGCACAUAUGGAAAGGCUUCUCGUGGUGGCGGCAAUCACCAAAACAACUACCAGCCGUACUAAAGCAGUACCUAUACUUGAGGAAACAGGUAGAGAUACUGCAACAAAGCCAUCUUGCAGCGCAUCGUGAGUGAAUGGAGGGUGGUCUCCGUGAGAGGAAAUUACUAUUUUGUAAAAGACUUUUAGUGUACGACACAACUGUGUCCAACUGUACAUAGCAGCUGACUAGUUUUCUUUUAUGGUUUUUACUUUCUUUUUGCCAUUCAUGUUAUGACACAAUGUGGACUUGUGUUUAUACAAACUUUAUUUGUAUAAUUUCAUGUUAAAGGAUUCUCUAAUAAAUGCUUACUUAAGUGAACGU